GCGUGGCCUGGAGGGGUACAGGCGAGGCGUGGUCUGGGCUGCGGGGCGUGACUACGAUGGCCACUCGCUUCUGCUGCCGACGGGAGCAAGCCGCAAGGUUCGUGAGCUGGGGAGAGGCUCAGGUCAUUAGGUUCCUGCAAGGUGCUUGGGAGCUGAUCAAGACUUCAAGCUAAAGAUGGUGAUGCUGAGUCGCCUGAGGGUCAUUCUUCAAGCCUCUCCGUGCAGGGCACUGUGGAGAAGGUUCCAGAUUCCGAGGUCCAUGUCAGCGAGACCUUGCAGCCUCUACACCUGCACUUACAAAACCCGGAACCGAGACUUGCACCCUCUCUGGGAGAGCGCGGACCUGGUCCCGGCGGGCGAGCGCCAGUCGCCCAUCAACAUCCGCUGGAGGGACAGUGUCUAUGAUCCUGGCUUAAAACCGCUCACCAUCUCUUACGACCCGACCACCUGCCUCCACGUCUGGAAUAACGGGUACUCGUUCCUCGUGGAAUUUGAAGAUUCUACAGAUAAAUCAGUGAUCGAGGGGGGACCCCUGGAACACAACUACCGAUUAAAGCAGUUCCAUUUUCAUUGGGGGGCCAUCGAUGCCUGGGGCUCCGAGCAUACCGUGGACAGCAAAUGUUACCCAGCAGAGCUGCACUUGGUGCAUUGGAAUGCGGUCAAAUUUGAAAACUUUGAGGAUGCAGCACAGGAAGAAAAUGGUUUGGCUGUGAUAGGAGUAUUUUUAAAGCUAGGCAAACAUCAUAAAGAGGUACAGAAAUUGGUGGAUACUUUGCCAUCAAUUAAGCAUAAGGACACGCUUGUGGAAUUUGGGUCAUUCGACCCUUCCUGCCUGAUGCCCACCUGCCCAGAUUACUGGACCUAUUCGGGGUCCCUGACUACCCCGCCACUCUCUGAGUCUGUCACCUGGAUCAUUAAGAAGCAGCCCAUAGAGGUUGCUCAUGAUCAGCUUGAGCAAUUUCGGACUCUGCUCUUCACUUCCAAGGGGGAGACGGAGAAGAGAAUGGUGGACAACUUCCGCCCCCUUCAGCCCCUGAUGAAUCGCACUGUCCGCUCAUCCUUCCAUCAUGACUAUGUGCUGAAUAUGCAAGCAAAACCCAAGCCGUCCACCAGCCAAGUGACCUCCUAAGACGACGUUAUCUAGGCGGUAUCUUGCUUAAAAACAUACUAGCGCUUUAAAAAUUAACUAGACUCUUCUAAAUGCUUGCAUUUAAUGAAUAUCAUAGAUGUGCCUUUCUUGGUACAACAGUGCACCUUAGUAUUUGAGGGAAGCUCCUUGGUAAACAAAUUUUUACUUUUAUUGAUAAUGAUGUUUAUCACUCAAGUACCAGCAAGAGACACAAGAUUCUCUUAUAGCAAUAUGCUGGUGAUUUUAAGUCUUUUUUUAUUUGUUUAUUAGGGCUGCACCUGUGGAAUAUGGAAGUUUCCAGGCUAAGGGUCAAAUCCGAGCUGCAGCUGCUGGCCAACACCACAGCCACAGCAACACCAGAUCUGCGCUGCUUCUGGACCUACAUACACCACAGCUCACAGCAAUGCCGGAAUCCUUAACCCACUGAGCAAGGCCAGGGGUUGAACUCGAAUCCUCAUGGAUACUAGUCGGGUUUACUAACCGCUGAGCCACAAAAGGAACUCCGUCUUUUUUUUUUUUUUUUUGGCUGUGCUAAUGGCAUGUGGAAGUUCCCAGGCCUGGGAUCAAACGUACACCACAGCAGUGAAAACUGAAUCCUUAACCACUAGGCUACUAAGGAACUCCCGUAAUGUCUUUUUAAUGUCUGACAUUUUUGAGCUAUCUUUUUAUGUUUAUCAAUUGGUGGUUCUAUAGAGUUAUAGUAGGAAUGAUAUUUAACAACUGAUAAGGCAGAGACACUGACUCUCCAAAAUGUAGGCUUUUAACAAAUGGUCACUGGGCCCAGACUGGUUCUUCUUGGCUGAAAAGUGGCCACAGUUUUAAGUAUAUUUUAUUUUAAAACAGGAAUGUGUAAUCUUUUAUAAGGCCUUCUUGAUGGGUAUAUUUGCCUCUAUCUUUAGUUGUCAUUACUGGUACAUGAUAUGAAUACUUAUUUACUAUCAAUUUAUAAUAUAGAAGAAUAUUUUGUAAUCUUCAGAAAACAAGGAUUCAUUUAUAUCCAGAUAGCCUUUUGCACUUCUGAAGAUUAGAUGUUUUACUUAAAGGCUUGAUCAUAUAGAAAGCUUAUGCAGAACAUUUUAAAGAAAAUGGUUUAAGUGCCUAGAACUUAAAUUUCUUUCAUGAACUAUUUACAGAAAUAUUUUUCCAAAGACUAGUAGUAUAAUAGUCUUAGGGUUUACAGUCUUAUCUUGCAUUGUUUGAACACUGUUUUGUAGAAUGUGGCAAUCUUUUCUACAGUGAAAAAGCUAUCUUGACUUCUCUUUAAAACUGAACUCUAUUUUAUUUCAUUAGUUGAGGUUCUGUGCAAGGCAGGUGAUCAACAUAAAUCUCCCAAUUCAUACAGUGGUUUAGAAGACUUAUGCUAUAAUAAGGAGUGAAACUUGUCAGAUAGGCAAAAAUCCAGAUAAUUCUACAUAUUCUAAGGAAUCAUACCACUGAUGCCCUUGCUUGUAAAUAUCUGGAAUAUUUCGAAUUGCCUAUAAGCCUGUGUUCAAACUCAAUAUUUCAUUUACUACUGUAUUCCUUUCAUUAAUAUGCCAGUCAUCUGACCUGCAAGACAGGGCUGGAUGAAUAUACUUAACACUACUGAACUGUACACCGAAUUUUAAUGUGUAUUUUUAUCACAAUUAAAGAAUAAUAAAUUCAGUAGGGAAAAAAUAGGGUUAGAGUUGCACAUCUAAGUUUGGGGGCAUAUCUCUGCUCUUUAAAAAGGGAGGGAGUGAAGGCAUUGUUUCUAAAUUGUAUGCCUUCUCUGGAAAAGGGAAGCAUGAAUGCCCUAGGAAAUGAAUAAAAUUCUUUAAAAGAUUAAUACAGGGGAAAAAGUUACGUUAACUUUAUAUAAUUUAUCUGUUAUAAACCACAGUUAUCUUUAAAAGGUAGGAACACAAGAUAUGCAUUUUCCAAGGCACAUAAGGCUUCCUUCCUAGGCCUCUUGCAAAUUCCUAGUGCAAAAUUCUACUGUAGUGAGUCUUCCAAACUGGAGUGAGAACCAAUGCAUAGAAGGCCUGAUUUGCCCUCCAUCUUAGAGAUACAAAAGGUGUACUCAUAGGGUGUGUUCGCAUCUGCCACCCCUGAUUAACUUACACCUGGCCUUCUGGUGUAGCUACUAACAGCGCCCAGUCUUUCACUCUCAGCCCUGUCCUGCUUUGCAUGAUAAAUUCUUGGUCAGCUUCUCUGCCAAGGUUAUGGAAACUGCCCUGGGGACGUGGUUUCUUCCAGGCCUUAGUCAGAUUACCAAGGGGGUGGUGUCAAUGCCCUGGCUACUGAUACACCCUAAAGAGAAGCUUUUUAAGUCUUUUAUGCCUCCCCUUUGGUUUUAUUUGUGCCUUCCAAGAUAUAAAGGGGAAAAAUGGGCUUAAGGUCUGUCGAAGGGCUUGACAAAGAAUUUUGUAUUAAAUUGCUGCUCAUCUUCAUUAAAAAAUACAAUAAAACCUUUUCUUUAUAAUAUUAA